GGCCCGUUUACACGUUGGUUUACGGUAAACGCUGGGCGCUGCGUGCACGAGCUGCCCGUGAAGCCUGUUGGGAGGAUGCCCCGCUGCUGAGUGAGCGCUCUCUGAACGGCUCCUACGUGCCUCCUAAGUGACUCCGCGGGGCGAACCGAGCAGCGCGACCCGCCCUGCGUGCACCGGAGCAGCGCGAUGUGUCCGCUAGCUUAGCCGUGCUACGUUAGCCUCGUGUUUCACGAGGACAGCGGUGACGCGUUAGCUUAGUUAACAGGCUAACAGCGCAGCUAACGCCCGGACGAACUUCAGACGGACCGCCCGUGAAGUCGGCGUGACUUGACGAAACGAUCGUUUCUCAUAAACUAUGUUUACAGUUCUCCCGGAUCACACACGUGGGCUGAAACGUGUACCUUGAGGCGGCCACAAGGGGGCGGGAGGGAGCACGUGGGCCCGUCACUCAACCCCCGCGAGGCGCUGGACCAGGAGCUUGAGAUAUUCAUCGAUGCUACGGGUCCUCCCCGCGAUCUGCAGUCACAAUGAUCACUCCUGCGUUCGACCUGAGCCAGGAGCCGGAGUUCCUGAUCCUCAGCAUCCGUGUGCCCUACACCAGAACAUCAGAGUUUGACCUCUACAUCGACGGAACCGAUUUAAAGUUCUUCGCCAAGCCCUACUUUCUCAGAUUGUCUCUUCCUGGCAGAAUAGUGGAAGAUGGGAGAGAAAAGGCCAAGUUUGACAUUGAUGCUGGUCUUGUCACGCUGCGGGUGCCAAAGGAAACAGCUGGAGAGCACUUUGAAGGGCUCCAGAUGCUGACGAGCCUCCUCGCCCCCAAAGGCGCCCGCUCAGCAAAACCACUGAUCGAGGACCUGAGCCCGGGUGAGUCACGUCCACGCCUCCCUCCGACCGGAGUCCCACUCAAACUGACCGCGGCUGCUCUGCCCUCCACAGAAGGCGCUGAGGAUGACGAUGAGGAAGACUUUGACUGGCAGAUGGAGCAGGAGGUGUACAAGGAGACCUCCGAGGAGGAGCUGGGGGCUCUGCAGAAGUAUGGCUUUGGCAACCAGAGGUGUGGAGUGUUUGCCAGAUUACAGGAGGAGCUGAGUGACGUCAUCGACUUGAAGAACCCAGAGGGAGCGACGGCAGACGAGAGGAGGCGGGGGCGGCUCGACGCAGAGGCGUCCGCCUUCUCCCCUGACCAUUACCUGGCUGAUUUGUUUGAGGAUGCUGAGAUAAAGGAGCUGCUGAAGUUCAGGCCCUGGUGGGAAAAGCUGACGGAGCAGGAGGGGCAAGCGGCCGUGUCUUUCACCGACGACGAGAAGGAGCAGCUGAGGAAGUUCACCAACCGCUCGUACCUGCUGGACAAGGCGUCCCUUCACCAAGCGUGGCUCGGCCUCGUGGACAUCCUGCUGGCCUACUGCUACGAAGCUCGCUCCACGGAGGGAGAGCACAACGUUGAGUCCCCGUGGACCAUCAGAAAACUCAGUGGGACUCUGUGCUGGCUGGAGACUUACAGCUCGCUGCACGACGUCCUGCUGUCGUUUGGACGGAGGGUCCUGUGCUACCCGCUCUACAGACACUUCGCAAUGGCCUCCGCAGCCGUCCGUGACGCAACUAAGAUUUUGCAGACAGGGAAGGCCUGCGUCCUCCGAGGCCUGCUGGAUAUUCACAGAGUGUUCCGGGAGAACGAUCCAGCCUACAUCCUGAAUGAUCUGUACAUCACAGACUACUGCGUCUGGAUCCAGAGGGUCAAGUCCAAGAAGAUGUCGGCCUUGGCCGAGACGUUGCAAAAAGCCUCCCUGCAGAAAAAGGAUUUGGGGCUGGAACUGGAUGAGCUCGAGGAGGCAGCAGCAAUGGUGGCCGAGGAAGAUGAGGAUGACGACGAUGAUGAUGAAGAAGAUGGGGUAGCUUCCGACUGCGCUCUGAUAUCCGGCAGUGACAGCAGCAGCAGCAGCAGUGACUCGUCCGACGAGAGCGAGGAGUCUGAAGGGCAGAGCUGCACCGAGUCCAACGAGGGAGGAGGGGGAGGAGCAGAAGGAGGGGGAGCGUCUAAGGACAACCCUCCGCAGCCCCAACCCAUCUCUGCUGCUUCCCCCGUCCCCCGAGCACCCACGGGCCCACUCCUCCCCGCCUCGCAGGUUUCCAGCCUGCUGAUCCAGGAGCUGGGGGAGCGGGUGGAGGAGGAGCUGAGAAUCUCCCCAGGAGCGGACAGGCCGUCGGGGAGCGGGAGCAUCGGGGGGACUUUGUUGGAGCCGAGCCCCCGCAGAAACCCCCUGCUCAUCGUCACGACGCCGCAGGAGGGCGAGGACGGCGCUGUGGGUCCCUAGCGAGCGCUCGAGGACCUUAUUAUCUAUAAAGAAGGAUACUUCCUUAGUGUCCAGAGCCAUCUUCUGCCUCAUGUGUUAUCUGACUGAAAGCUACAUCCUCUGCAAACGUUUCACUUGGUAUGAUUUAUUUUGUCUUUUUAAUUAUGGAAAGUAAUUCCACAGAGUUCGUGAACCGGACCCACUGCUUGCCCAGGACUUCUCUUCUACCCGUGUCUAUUGCCAUGGUAACAAACUGUGUGUAAAUGCAUGUUGGGCUUGACUAAUCGGAACAGGAGGGUUGUUCCAAGCGUAGUGAUUGACAGGCCAUGUGCUCUGUUACUUUUAGGGCGCUUUCUUUUCCCAAUAAAUAAACGCUGUGCCGCUGUCUCAGA